AGAAUUGCAUGGCGACUGUAGGGUAAAGUGAAAUUUCGCGUUCAAUACGGGUCCACUGUUGUUAAGGGUUUGUUCGAAAGCUCCGUGCGCUUGCUUCAAUUUUGUGCGAAACGCCAAUUACAAUUCAACUAAAAAUGUUCGUGUCGACAGUCUCUCGCAUUGCCCCUGUUGCCAGGACCGUGCUCCUCGCCAACUCCAAGCAAUACUUGCGACCAUUGAGCAGCGCCGUUAUCAGCCAGAGCCAAACUUUGGCCGCUCAGAACACAACCCCCGUAGCAUUACUGCCACAGAUCAGGUCAUUCCAGACCUCGCCAGUCACGCGUGACAUUGAUUCGGCUGCCAAAUUCAUUGGUGCUGGUGCUGCAACAGUCGGUGUCGCUGGUUCCGGUGCUGGUAUCGGAACAGUAUUCGGUUCCCUCAUCAUUGGUUAUGCCAGAAACCCAUCGUUGAAACAGCAGCUGUUCUCCUAUGCCAUUUUGGGUUUCGCCCUGUCUGAGGCUAUGGGUCUGUUCUGUCUUAUGAUGGCCUUCCUGCUGCUGUUCGCCUUCUAAGCGCCGCUCUACUCGUCCUUAGUUUUUCGUGCAAUUGUUUGCAGUGUGUGUGUGCGUGGGCGAUAUUGGGAUUGGAUAUUCCUAUCUCGAUGGCAAACCGCAUUCUAACGGCAAUCAGCGGCAGCGAGAAAGCAACGUAUAGAAGAAACACAUAACAACCAACAACCAACGUUCGUUUUUCGAUUAUUAUUGAUAAAUGAUUGAUAGCCAACAACAUCUUGUACUAUCUAAUUAUAAAAUAACAACAACAACCACAUAAUAUAUGUAAUUUUGUUUUUAAAAAACAUUCGAAACUGUAGUAGUCGCCUAAAAAAAGCCUAGCAAAACAUCAUCGCGCAGAAAGAACACACUUUUAUUUAAGUUGAAACCAAAAAGAAAAAAAAAAGAAACAAUACACUGCUAAUAAAAAAGAAAACAUUGGAAAAAAGGUCAGUUAUAGAGAUAAACGGAACGAAGACGAUUUAAAC